CCGGCCAUAUAGCCACAGCGUAAAAAAAACCCUCAGAACAGAAGUAGGGUUAGGAUUAAAAAUUAGGUUAGGUUUUGUUAUGUCACUCUUCUGAAGAUAAAAAUAUUAGCUUAUUGUUACUUCAAUAGUCUUAAAAGAUAGUUAAUAUUUCGUUUGAUCUCCAUGUACUUUGUAUGCUGAUGUGUUAAUACUAUGGAGUUUAUAAUAUAUGAAUUAAGUGGGAAUCAGUGAGCAUUACAACAAUUGUGCCCAGAAUAACUGUAACUUGGAUUUAUUCAUUCAGGGGAAUUUAUUUCAAAUAAACAAAGUGAAACGUUAAAAAUAAAAACAAGUACUAACUGAGUUGUAGAAGUGUACUGUUUUAUAAUAAGUAAAUAAACUUUGAAGAAAUAAAUAUGAUUCAUAGUCUCUUCAUUAUUAACUCCUCAGGAGAUUUGUUCAUGGAGAAACACUGGAAGAGUGUAAUAUCUCGAUCAGUAUGUGAUUACUUCUUUGACGAACAGAGGAAAGUAUCUUGUCCGGAAGAUAUGCCUCCAGUUAUUGCAACCCCUCACCAUUACCUUAUCAGUAUACAUCGGUGUUGUAUGUUUUUUGUUGCUGUUUGCAUGACAGAAGUACCACCAUUGUUUGUGAUAGAGUUCUUGCAUAGAGUCGUUGACACAUUCGAUGAUUACUUCAGUGAAUGCACAGAAUCAAUUAUCAAGGAAAACUAUGUCGUUGUAUACGAGUUAUUAGAUGAGAUGUUGGACAAUGGAUUCCCACUUGCCACAGAGUCCAAUGUUCUAAAGGAGCUUAUCAAACCACCGAAUCUUUUGAGAACAAUUGCCAACACUGUUACUGGAAAGUCAAAUGUCAGUGCAACACUACCUAGUGGCCAGCUGUCCAAUGUGCCAUGGCGGCGCACGGGAGUCAAGUACACCAACAACGAGGCUUACUUCGAUGUUGUGGAAGAGGUUGAUGUUAUUAUCGACCGGGCAGGCUCCACUGUCUUUGCUGAGAUACAAGGCUAUGUGGAUUGUUGUAUCAAACUGAGUGGAAUGCCAGACCUCACAUUAUCUUUUAUGAAUCCCCGACUGUUUGACGAUGUGAGCUUCCACCCAUGUGUGCGGUUCAAACGCUGGGAGUCCGAGAGAAUCCUGUCGUUCAUACCCCCCGAUGGUAACUUGCGUCUGAUGUCAUAUCACAUCGGCUCCCAGAGUGUGGUAGCCAUUCCGAUAUACGUGCGUCACACCGUCAGCUUCAAGGAUGGCCGUCUGGACAUAACUGUUGGGCCCAAACAAACCAUUGGAAGAACUGUAGAGAACGUGAUGUUGGAGAUACCGAUGCCCAAGGCUGUGCUGAACUGUGUGCUAACACCGUCGCAGGGCAAGUACACAUUCGACCCUGUGAGCCGAGUUUUGGUAUGGGAUGUUGGCCGCAUUGAUAUCAGCAAACUGCCCAACAUUCGUGGUUCUAUAAAUCUCCAAAGUGGAGCACCACCAGUGGAGUCAAACCCAACUAUAAAUGUAAAGUUCACUAUCAACCAACUGGCAGUAUCUGGUCUCAAAGUGAAUCGUUUGGACAUGUAUGGCGAGAAAUACAAACCUUUCAAGGGCGUCAAAUAUAUCACCAAGGCGGGCAAAUUCCAGAUCAGAAUGUAAACUUGUUUGUUACUUACAUUCUGUAUGUUAUUGGGACAGGAAUUCAAAGAAUUUUAAAUAAUAAGGAAAUAAUUUAACUUUCAAGAAUAGAGUUUGUUGGGAAUCAAUCUAUCACAAGAAUAAGAGACACUAUAAAUAGACUCAGCAUAUACAAAAGGUCAUAUCUUCCACAGAAAAUGCUAUAUGUGUGACUCGGGAAGACGACAAUGACAAUGAAACUCAGAAGUUAUGUUUCCUUGUGUUCAAUUGAUAUCCUUUCUGAUAUAUUGGGAGAUUUAUUAUUUUAUAAUUUAAAUAAAUACAUUAUAGAUAUAUAUAUACAUAAUUUUUUGUACAUACAUAUUAAAUGACAUUAUAUUAUUAGAAACCA